UGGGAGUAUUUGCGCCCCCAAAAGGAACGGAGGACUCUUCCCUCUCUUCUCGGAAUACCAUCUACAAUUGGAGUUCAGUCGGUGUCUGUAGGAACCGCCAUAUUGUCAGUCAAGAGACGCUGAGAGGUGAUACUGAGAGUGGAACCUUCACCUCCUCGUCCUCAAACAUGUCUGGCCCUGUCCCAAGUCGAUCCCGUGUCUACCCUGAAGUAAACACACAGAGACCAAGGGAGUACUGGGACUACGAGUCACAUGUGGUCGAAUGGGGAAAUCAAGACGACUACCAGCUGGUGCGAAAACUGGGCAGAGGCAAAUACAGUGAAGUGUUUGAAGCCAUAAAUAUCACAAACAACGAGAAAGUAGUCGUCAAAAUACUCAAGCCAGUAAAAAAGAAGAAAAUCAAGCGAGAGAUAAAGAUUCUGGAAAAUCUGCGAGGCGGCCCCAACAUAAUCACACUUCUAGACAUUGUUAAAGACCCUGUGUCACGGACGCCAGCACUAGUUUUUGAACAUGUAAACAACACAGACUUCAAACAAUUAUAUCAGACGUUAUCGGACUACGACAUUCGGUUCUACAUGUACGAAAUCUUAAAGGCACUGGACUACUGCCACAGCAUGGGAAUCAUGCACAGAGAUGUCAAACCGCACAAUGUAAUGAUUGACCACGAACACAGAAAGCUUCGCCUGAUAGACUGGGGCUUAGCAGAGUUCUACCACCCCAACCAAGAGUACAACGUACGAGUCGCCUCCAGGUACUUCAAGGGACCUGAGCUUCUGGUAGAUUACCAGAUGUAUGACUACAGUUUAGACAUGUGGAGUUUAGGUUGCAUGCUGGCCAGUAUGAUCUUCAGGAAGGAACCUUUCUUCCACGGACACGACAACUAUGAUCAACUUGUACGAAUCGCUAAAGUACUGGGCACAGAAGACCUUUACGACUACAUUGACAAGUACAACAUUGAACUAGACCCCCGCUUCAAUGACAUUUUGGGAAGGCACUCGCGGAAGCGGUGGGAGCGCUUUGUUCACAGCGAGAACCAGCACCUGGUCAGCACAGAGGCCUUAGACUUCCUGGACAAACUGCUGCGCUACGACCACCAGGCCCGGCUCACCGCCAGGGAGGCCAUGGAGCACCCCUACUUCUAUCCCAUUGUGAAGGACCAGGGAAGGCUCGGCUCUUCCACGGGACUGUCCACUGCCAACACCCCAGUCAGCUCCUCCAGCAUGAUGGCCGGCAUCACGUCCAUGUCUGCAGCUCAGCCCAUCGGCAACAUGGCCGGGUCGCCCGUCAUCUCCUCUCCAAACACGCUGGCCACGCAAGUCCCAGCAGCCACUGGGGCACAGCCCUGAACUCUGAGAACCUCACUGGCCCACCCUCCCUCUUUUUCCAUCUGCCCCUUCCCCACCUACAGAUCUGGGACAGCUCGCCCGGGCCACGCCCCCCCCCUCCACCCGGGCUUUGUUUUUAUUUUUAUUAUGUUCGAGUAUAAGAAAACCGCAACAAAAAAAAUUGAAGAAAUUAGGUUCAGUUUUUUUCUUUCCUCCUCUUUAUUUCCUGUUCAAUAAUUAUAUAUUGAGGUCCGGACACAUGGCAGAAACGUUGUGUUGGCAUGUGUGCCUGGAUGAAGUGUUGAGAUGUAGCUGCGUUCUCUCUUGAUGACUGUGUCUAGAAAUGCAUCUACAAUGUAGAAAAUUCAGAAGAAAAUGGAUAAUAAAAUUUAUUUUAUAUGUCCCUAAAGUACA